GUCACUACGAUCAAGAUCUCCGAGCCGGUGCGCGGCGCUUGCUUCAGUCGGGCCAGACUCUUGCUUGAAGAUUGGACGCAGGCAAGCGAAUUUCGAAUUCCGAUCCCGCACUACGGGGUGGGGUGUGUGGGGAAAGUGGACGUGGAGAGCACGACCUCCAUGGCGAGAAGAGUAAAAAUGCAGAAUAAAAACUUUCUACAAGAACACCUUCAAACGUCGACGCCGAUUCUUUAUCCAGUCUUCCCCCACAUCAACGUUUUCAUCGUACCCGACCACUUCGCGAGUUAUCAAAUGUAAAAAUGUAGUCUGGGUCUGGAAGAUUCUAAACUUGUAAUGCUGUCUCUGGAUUCUAAAAAAAUUUGUAUUGCAUGACCAGCAAAAGGACUCCAGUUUGUGCUACGUGGAGAGGGCAUUUAUCAUGCGGUAGAGGCAUCACAAAGUCCUCUAAAAAUCUGUGAUGCUAGGGCAUGCAUCACAGACAUCAUGGGUCAUUAAAAAUAUGCAUGUAAUGCAAAAAGCGACGAGACCCGUUUGACGUGGUCCAGUUGAGACAUGUCAUGCAAAAGUCGAUACCCACAGCGACGUGAGAGGCGCUAGACGUAGGAAAACGAUUGCGGUAGUUGAUUUGGUUGGAGUAGCAUGAAGUAAAGUAGGCUAUAGUCCGGCAGUUUUGUUUUCCAGUUCCUCUUCGUACCAAAGUGCUCAGUAGUCAGUCACCAUCAACGCGAAAUGUCAUCUAGACGGGGAAGGCGGGCGCGGGUGGCAGAUGAACCAACCCGGACUGGUCGCUACAACUUCGAAGGGGUCCCGUGUGAAUUAUUCGCCAACUUUAUCGCGGACGCGACCGGCCGCCGCGACGUGGUCUGCAACAACCGCGACAGCACAGACGAGACCGUCGCCUUGAAAAUCAAAGGCGGCACCGGUGGCAGCAACCUCAUCGCCAGAUGGUGGAGCUCGUCGACUAAAGUAAUUUUCCAAAACGAUGAGCACGCGCGAAUGUCGGACGUUUUCCAGCACUUCAUUGCUACGGGUUCGGCCGGGCAGAUGAAGAACCAGGCCACGCCAGCAACAUGGAAGGACGGCGUGUACGAAUCGACGGUAGGGGCCCUGUCCAGCCUGGACAUGCAGGCGCCGCCGGCGAUCGGGUAUGGAGACCAGGAACAGAAAGCGAUCCAGUAUGAAACCGCCAACACAGGCAGCCAGUUGGUAGGGGGAGGGCAGUUGGGACAAAAUCCCCACGAUGCUGCUGCUUGGCUCUGCGACUACAUGCAGCAGGCCACAGGACCGGGCUCGCAAGCACCUCUCACAGCUGCCGGCGGUCCAGAGCUAUCCCAAGCCCAAGCCUACAACCCCCAACCCAGACAACAGCAGGCACCAAUCGAACAGAACUACAACUACCACCAGCACACCACUGGAAACUGCCCGUCCCGGCAAAACCACUACACUGCUCCGCGGGAGCUGGAAAAGGGCCAACAGCAGGCGGGGCAUUCGGGGGAAGCCCGCCAGCAGCACACGGCGAACUAACACAAACACGCAGAUGGGCAUCGGCGUAAAAGGUGGCGGGGUAGUUACAGUUGGGGGAGCGGGUAUGAAAGAGCAGAUGAGCGAGCGGGGCACUAAGGGGAGUGAGCCGAAGAUCCUGCUGAGCGAGCUGGGCGGCGGGACCGGCGUCGGGACUGUGGCGGACAGGCAGGCGACCACCCACCAACGCCUCGCGGAAAGCAGCGCAAUACUGGCGAACCAAGACCACUACCAGAACGAGGAAGCGAUGCGUCUCCCUGGGAUGAGAGAGAGUAUGCUGGCGCUCCAGAAACUGCAGGAGGAAAUGGAAAAAAUUCAAAAGGCACAGAGAGAGCAGAUCACGCAGAGCCAGAGCGCCCCUCUGGGCGGCACAGUGACCGGGGGCGAUGGCACACAAGAAAAAACCAACCACGAGGUAGACCACGCGCACAACCAGGAGCGGGGAAACAACAAGCGACCCAAGGAACCCGUGGGAACGCCGGAAAAACCCGCAAAAAAGAAGAAACAGGGCGUCGCGGACUGGUCUUCCGAAGAAGAGGAGGAGUUGUCGCCGUUGUUCACACCGUCGUGAAGCGGGAGCCGAAUCAGAGGUCGAGGAAGGAGGGAACGAUGAUGAAAGCCCAAUCAGAGCACACUACAGAUACUACUACUUCGCGAAAAAAAUGUUUUUUCGCAGUUCGGUCAGUUUUUGAAAAAGUAAGAACGCGGACACUAAGCAAACCACUCUCCACAGCAGAACACUGAAAGAAAGCGAAAAAGUCAGACAGAACGGCGCUCGGCCAGCCCUGAAGCAAGUCAGUCUAGGCAUGUCCUUACGAGGUCGCCACGCGACCCGGAAAAAUAUUAAAAGAUCAAUACUCAAGGGCCCCGCGGGGCACUUACCCACGCGAAGGCUUGCGCGAUUGUCAAUAAAGCAGACUGAUAGGCAUGGUGGAUGUGAUAGGUAGGAGCUAAUGCGUAGUGACUAAGUAGGGGAGGCCGAACAGCGAAAGCGAAGCUGUAGUAAAUGUAAGCUGUACUCUGCAGCGGGAAGCGGAGCGAGGCGGAGCAGAGGACGGCGACCGGAAGCCGCAGCGCCUUUUCCGAAGCAGGCAACAGAGAACCGCCUCCCCCGGCAAACGCGCGGAACCGGAAAGAACUGUGAGUGAGCAAACUUUAUCGAGAGAGCUGGCGGCGAACACCCCCACCAACUGACGAAGAGUGAGGGGAGUGAUGGAGGCGCGCAGGCAGCUGGAGAGGCUGCGCAAAGGCUUCGGAAUGGACAACCCGGGGCAGGCAGACAUCGAAUUUCCGGGGGAGCCAGCAAAAAGGAAGGCCGUCACUCCCCGGGAGUACACCCCUGCGAGGAGCCAGCCGGUAGAAGGAGCAAAACCAGGCACGAAAGAGUACGCGAAAAUUGUGCGCGACCGCUGCAGAGAACCUCCAGAAGCGCCUGGAAGCGAUGACGCCCAACACGAGGCAGGACGAGGUCGACAAAAGGAAAAAGCGGAAGCGGGGCGCCCACGUGAAAUCGCGGGAAAAGUUUCUCAAGAUGUCGAAAGAGGGGCGGGCGGCAAAUUUCGAAGAAAAACUGAAAAAAGGUGACGGCAGAGUGCUCACCACGGAGCAGCGCACCGAAAAGGCGAAGCAGAAGAGCGAGCGAGAGGUGAAGCGCCAGCAGUACCGGACGCGCGAGCUGAGAGAGCUGGCGCCAAACUAACGGCGAGGGGGGGGUGGUAGUCGGGAGGUGUGGCUAACGAAUCGAGACAAAAUCGACAGUGAGACAGCGGCGCGCUGCUUGGACUCCAGGUAAAGAACAGACGAAAAAACAGAAAGAGCACUGGUGGCGUGGGUGAAAGUCAGUGGUUGAUGGAAGAAAAAAAGACGCUUUAAGGUGUUCGAAAAGUCACGGGCGAGGGCGCAGCCUUAGCGCUUCUAUUCUUUCAGAAACAAGCAGCAGCAGCAGCGGCGUUUUUUAGCGUAGUUAGAGCCUUCCCAUUUUGCAUGCAGAGAUAACAAAGAAGCGUAGGGCGCGCGUGGCCGGAGCUUUUCACGAAGGACAGUAAGGAUAGGCAUAAUGUGUGGGCUUUUGUAUAAUUAGUUCUCAUGUUGGCUUUUGUAUGCCGUGUUCUGGCGAGAAGGCACUACACAGAAGGCAUGACGCACGAAUACAGCGAGUCCCAUGAGGCUGACGUAGGGAGCAAUAGAGCUAGUGUCGGUGAGCCUGCCAGCAAAAGGAAUAAGCAAGUGAGGUAGCAGACCAAAAAUGCACGACGAAAACCACAACCACAUGGCUUGCGGUUAAACCGCCCCACACCCGACCAGACGCCGAAGAUGCUCGGGCUCGGUCCAGAGGACAUGGAGGACGACGACGAGCCCGAGUUCGUGAGCCACGUCUACUGGAACAUGAAUGGUUCGGGCGAAGCGAACACGGAGGCGCUAGCCAAGCUAGUAGCGGACUUACGGGCAACAGAGGCGGCGGCGGUCGAAAUAAAAAAGAGCGAGCUGGACCUUGAGCAGGCAGCUUUUGAGGGCUUGAGUGAGCGGAAAGGUUUGCACGUUGUCGCCGCGACAAAUUUGGUCGGCAUCUCCACCAGCCUCAAGUGCGGCGGCGGCAUGAUAGCAGAUUGCAACAAAGUGAGAGAGCGGCCGGCCAUGGUGAUCAGCAAGCUCAUACUUGCACGAGACCCGUGCGGCGCUUUUUUCACCGAGGAGAUAACCGACAAAGAAGACGCCACUCUCUGGGCGGUCGGGGCGGUGCGAGACAGACGGUUGACGUUGACUCUAUACCGAAGGGAGACACGAGUGCCAAUCGAUACGCCGAGCAAGUCCUUCAUCGCCAAGCAGGUCGGCGACCUGAUUAAGGAAAUCACUACCGCCAUGAACAUGUCUGACUUGUGGAUAGUGUCGGGCGACCUCAACGCAUACCACGAGGUCGACGCGGAGGACAGGGCAAAGCUUGAGGACCGCCAGCCAGCUUGUGCGUUAGUGCGCGCUGAAGUCCUUGAGCCUGUUUUCAAUUUCCUUAACAGUCGCACACGCUUUCAGAACACGCAGGGCCCAACGUGCUACCGUUCAAAAACGUCGCCGACGGUUAUCGAUUUCACAGCGGUAGGACCCAGAGAGGGCAUUUUGUUCGCCGCAGAGAUACAGCGGGUGCAGGUCGUUCGGGGACAGCAGAAAGAGUGCAAAGCCAUUCCGGAAAACAGCCCGCCCGAAUUACCAGAGGGCGACCACAUUGCACUCCACACCGCCAUUAGCUGGUAUAGGCCGCAGGCACCACAGCCGGCACAGAGCGGAGACGCGAGGCAGCCAGGCAGCGGCGAAAGGGCGAAGCCGCUCGCUUUCAACGCGCGGCAUUCGGAGCUUAUUCCGACUGAAGGUGAGAGAGAGCGGGCGAAGAUCCUGAAAGGACAGAAGGAAUUUGCGGAGCGCCUCCCAUUUUCGGGAGUAAUAUCCUGGCCCAGGGGUACAAAAACGACAGAGGUUCUGGAGCCACUAUUCGAGGGAGCACAGAUGCCCGACAUCGAGCAGGUCGGCCUGGAAGGCAUCCAGAGCUGGGCGCAGGAGGUACUCCUGGACUCCGGUGCGUGCAGCUACGUACCGACCGAACCGACAGAGGACAUGAGGCAGCUGUUCGAGCGACAGACACCCGGCCAGCGAGGCGGGAGAACAGAAGGAGCGAACGGCGCGGACAAAAAGAAAGAAAAGGAGAGAGAGCAUCGGUCAAUGUUCGCGGGGCCGGUAGAUGGGUCUACGCUAAAUAACGUCUAUCAGCACGCGAGGCAGGCGAGAGAGCAGGUUCUAGGAGUCCGCCGCGGCGCCCCGGCGGAAGAAAUCAAGAAGAUCAACGCCGGCACGGCCACGGCCCCCAGAGAGGUCGUCGGGGUUGAGGAGUGCACGAAAGAAAUUUCCUUGGCUCACGUUUUCAAAAGUGGGCGAAUCCGGUACGCCGAAGGAAAGCGCCACACGUUCAGCCCGGAGGAAAUGCAGCGCGCCGUCACGCAGUUGACCGAGGCAGCGAAAGGUCUACCGCCUCUGCGAAUCCCCGCAGCCGAAUUGAGGAGACACAUCACGAAGAUGAACAAAGAAGCCUCCGGCGCCGACGGGGUCCGCUUGCGGGCCUAUGCUGCUAUGACGGGCCAGCAGAUUAGCCAACUCGCAGCCGGUUACGGCGCCCUCUUGCAGGGAAUUGGCCUCGCGGAUUGGAUCCCGGGACAGAAGGACGCAACUUCGCCGCCGGCGCUGAAGGUGUUGCCGGUCGAGAUCCUCCGGAAAGCCUCACAACUUGGCGGGGACAUCUCGAAGCUCCGGACGGUAAUUCGCGGGACACCGGUCUACCGGAUUAUGUUGAGCUUCCUUACGCACCGCAUGGCCCGCAUUGCGGACCUUGGGGACGCUUUUACCCCUUCCGGGGCCGCCGGAAAGCCGGCUGCUUCCUGCAUGGCAACCGUUUUAGAAAUCCUGAAGGUCUGCUACGCGGAAGACCUGCAGAACGGCUGCGAAAACAAGGAGCGAGCGGCGGAACUGAGUGAGCAGGAAAAAACGAACGCAGCGAACUGGCUAACGAUCUUGAUAGGAAUAGACGCCAGCAAUUUCUACAAUUGCAUCAGCAUACCAAGCAUGGUGCGGAGUUUUCGCUGGGCGCGGUUGCACCCCACCUACAUCAAGCUGGCAAUGCUUUCAAACUGGCGGAAAACCCUCUUCCUGAGGAACGGGAGUUGCUUCGCAGAGCUCAGCGACCAUCGAGACCUCAUCCAAGGCUCGGUGGAAGCUAUGCUUUGUGGCGUCCUGCUCUUUAUGAGAGGAGUCACCGCGGUGGCGCGGUUCGUGGAGGAGUGCUUCGACGCGGCCGGGCGAAUCGAUGAGAAGCGCAUCGACAGCGCAGGGGCGAAGCUCCGCCGAACGCUGCGCGAAGAUUUUGCGGGGGGAGAUGACACCGGCGUCACCUUCCCGGACUACAGGCCGGCGGAGGAGGUCCAUGAGCUCUUCCGCGACGAGGAGGGCGAUGGCGGUGCAGAGACGGGAAACAGGACGACGAGGACCCGGAAGACCCGGAGCAAAGAGCACGAGAGGACGAGAGUCAGCCAGAGACUGCCGAUGAGUGAGCGGGAAGAGAAGGCGCCAAGGAAGGCAGCCGUCGUCCAAUUUGUGGAUGGUGGUACCCUCUCCAUCAAAUUCCACAAAGACGACGCCGAAAAACUGCGGAAGCUGCUGAAAAUAGUGGCCACAGCGUGCGAAACGAUGCACGCGCCCGAAGGGCAGCACCUCGCGCCAAAAAAGGCCGAGAUGCUCCUUUCCGCUUCGGCGAUGGACCAGCAGGCGCUAUAUCUCGCAGCCUUCCGCCCCUUCGGAAUUGUCUUCAACUUGAAGGAGUGCACCAAGAUCCUGGGCAUCACGAUCCGGCUCGGCGACAUACGGGACCAGGUUGAUGCAAUUCGCAAGCAGGUCAACAAUUCAGUCUCGUUCGCGCAGCACCUCCGCUAUCGAGUCAUGCGAAGCAAGGGCAAUUUCGUGAUGACUGGCGCGGAUCAUCGGUGGGUGGUCAUCUGCUUCUACAUGUCGCCAAUCAUCUACAUUCUUCCGGUGCUCCGCCUGAUUUGCGCCCAAAGCGACUGGUCCGAGUUACUUAUCGAGAUGGCGACUUCAAUCGCGAAGGUUAUCGGUUUCGACCGAGAGGUCUGGGAGAGGAUGACCACGAUGCACAACGUCACGCCGGAACUUUUCCACCGACUGACUUUCAGUGAGAACAUCCUGGGGAUUGUAGACCCGUACGUGCUCGGGAUCAAGCUCCUCCGAGGCGUAGCGCAGAGCAACAUCCUUACCGACAUUGAUGGCUUCGUGACUUGGGCUACGUUCCCGAUCCGCUUCCACGGCACCGGGCUUGCAGGAAUCGGCGCGGCCGACCGCAAAGCAGUACAGGUAAAGACGACGGCGGACUUGGCAUUGGUUGAGGCGUUGAGCGAGGGAGCGGAAAUCAGGUUGCCGGCGAAGUCCGACCUCCGACUGUGCGGCUUCAUCCCGGACAGGAGCAGCAAGCCCCCGCCGCCCGAAAAGGUCCCGCGGGCGUGCCACAAUGAGAGCGCUUUCGUGGUGGCAUCGGCGGACGGCAUGGGCGUCCGACUCCUGCAAACAGACACGACAGGGCGGGUUUCGGUACUUCGGCAGGUACGAACAAAACGCGAGCACCUGCUCACAGAGGAGAGAGCGGAAGAAAGACAGUUCGUCGCGUAUCUGAGUGGAUUUCUAUCCCUCAGUUAGCAGACGGAACAAGAGGAGCCAGGAGUGCACUACACUCACCUACGUACAGGCUAUGCGACUGCUGGCGACUCCGGGGAAAGACGCGCGGGCCGCUGCGCCGGGGCGAAGGAAUGGCCGUCCAUUUCGCCGAGCAAGUCGAGCAGAUGCACUUGAGGGGCCACAGAGUUGAGCGAGCGAACACAAGAACGGCGGAGCAGGUCGCCGAGGCAAGCAGAGAGAUGAGCACAGUGACUGCGACCAAAAUCAUAGGGCUCAGCAUUGUAAACGCAACCGGGCACGACCACGAGUACACAGAUUGGCCUGUCUACGAUUUCGGUCGGUGCGAAGGCUUUCGGUUUCCCCCCGCUGCGGGACUGGAAAAAGCGGCGCAGCCUCGCAGCGCGGCGUGAGUACAUCAGAGACUCGCUGCAGUUCCAAGACCUCCAAAACGGCGAAAGCACAGAAGACGAGCAUCCGGAUAAUGAUCCGGCGGAGGUUGAGAGAGCGGCCGCGCGAUCGCCGGCGCCGAAAGGAAGGGCGAAAGCACAGGCAAAGGCGAGGGAGCAGCCCCCCCAGGAGAGAGCGGCAAAGCCAAAGGCGAAGGCGAAGCAACCAGGCCCGCAACCGAAACAGCAACUGGCGAAACGAGCGCAGGAUGCGGACCCGGGGCCCCCGAGGCGGCAGGCGGCCGGCGGAAGGGCGGCGCAGGCGAAACAGAACCCGGCCCCAGCAAGGAAAGCAGUGCCGGCGAGGAAGAAGUAGAUAGGGUAGCUCUAGGACGCAGACGGCUAGUUGAAGAAAAAAAAAAAACAGAAGACCUACUACACAAAAAGCAAAAAGGUAACAGGUAGGACAGUCAGUACGAAGACCGGGAAGUUUAGUUUUUUGCGCAAAAAGAAAAAUAUAAAAAACAGCACAAGGUGCGUGCGGAGGACACAAGGUGACCACGCGGGCGGCGUGUUCACCCAGGCGGGCGGCGAAGAGCCAGUGAUGGCUGAGAGAAAAAGAAAGAAACGCGGCUACUCCGUAGCCAUAUGGUCUCUAGUUCCUUUGCACUCCGGGCGCGAGGCCCGCCAGGGUUCUCGUCGCUCGUGUAUUGUCUCCCACGCCGCGACAGGGCCCGCGGAGCGAAGCCCUACGGGACACGGCCCGGACAGAAAAAGUAGCAAAAGCCAAAAAGAACAAACCGCCGGGGGCCUUAUGCCACCCACCUUCGGCACGCCAGAAGGCCACAAGCCCAGCAAAUCCAAAAGAACCGGCAGUAGUAGCAGUGCACUACCUAGAUACUAACUAGCUUAGACGGGUCUUAGCCUUAGCGCAAAGAAAGAGGGGCAAGUCCAAGAGGCUUUUGCAUGGGGUCCACUGGUCACCGUUUCGCGCGAGCCAUUCGGUGGACGACUGACCCCGCCCCAUUUAAAUAGCCGCUAUGCGGGAGAUUUGUAAAAACUGGACUUCGUCCGUCUCCGGGUGGCGUGCCCGGGGUUCAGUCUAAAUAAAUUUGCCCGGGAAAAUACCACGCAGCGGAGCAAUCAGGCCUACUCGUAGGCCAGUCGGGGUCUACCCUUUCUCCACGUCGUCAAAUGUGGUUAUUGGGUUUUGUUGGCGUAUGUCAGGGGAUCCCUGUCUUUGGCAUUUCACGACUCUUCCCAUGGGUUCACUUCGAUGAUUGCUGCCGGGGACGUUCUUAGGCAGUCAGCUGGAUGACUGUGACCUGGCUCGUACUGUGAACGCAGCUGGAUGACUGUGACCUGGCUCGUCUUCGAUGGGCGGGCGGAUGGCUGUGACCUGUCUCGCCCAUCAAGAUCCCUAAUCCGUAGCUCCUAGACGUUGCCUGGCCCGCGAAUGACUCCACGGCAGCCGGAUGUCCGUGACCUGGUUAUAAAGGGCUUCGUCGAUCGAUUGUGCCACUAGGGCCUUGUGUUCUGGCUACUCCGGAUCGCAAUCGAUGGAGGGCGGGACCUGCACCGGCGACAGGCGCUAUCCAACCAACCAACCAAGCCUGGCAAUCUUCCAGACCCAGACAUAUUUGCAUUUGAUACGAGUUUACACGACGCAAUUGAGGCGGUUCCGUUUGACGAGCCGUUUGCGCGCAUUUUGGUCCUAUGCACUGCAAAAGUGUCUGGGUCUGGAUCUGGAAACUUGUGAUGCUGUUUGGCGAAUCAUGUGGACGCCUUCAUUGACAGCCAAGCAUGACAAGUUUUGGAGUUCUUGCUAUAGUGUUGCCUAUCUGCAUGAGAAACUGCGUUUGUGGUGCAUGACAGAGAAGUGUGGCUUUUGUGUGGCGCGCAUGACAGACUUGAGACCAUGCUAGCUGUGCAUGACAAAUCCUGCAUUCUUCCAGACCCAGACAUGUUUGCAUUUGAUAGGUCCGCACCGAUCAGGAGUUGAGACAGACUUUGGUUGUGAACAAACACGUGUUGAUUGACGGCUGGCGGUUGGGCGGACCGGUGAAGGUUACGAUUAGGAGGAACAGGAACUACAAAUGUGCCCGCUGGCGUCCAAAGCAGAGCGAUCGUGCAGCAAGACGGAACUUCAACACGAACAAGGAAGUUUGCCAUGCAAGGCAUAAAGAGCACAAACUAGCUCGCAUCUUCUCGCCUCCCCUGCUCCGUGUGGAAGUCGGCGGCGAAAGGGCGUGGUUCAAAAAUCUGUGCUUCUCGGUCGUGGAGGAUGAGAGUGUACUGAGUGAAACCAUCAGAGAAUCCGAUGGAGCUGCUGCGGAGCAAAGUUGUAGGACGGCCCGACUACGCGAGAAAACCAAAUCGCCCAAGCUGUUCUACAAGUCUCCGAUGGUGGAAAUCUGUUGCGGGCAUCCGGGGUUGGAUCCAGACCAGUUUGGGCGGGUGACAGAGCAGGUCGCAAAGGGACAUCAACAAGUGCAAAAUAUAUCAAAUGCAAAUAUGUCUGGGUCUGGAAGAUUGCAAGGUUUGUCAUGCACAUUUUGCAUGACCCGUGAUGUCUGUGAUGUAUGCCCUCGCAUCACAAUGUUUUUGCGGGCAUCUUGAUACCUAUCCCGCAUGAGAAAUGCCCUCUCCGCGGAGCUAAAACUGGACGCCUCUUGCUGCUCAUGCAAUACAGAUUUUUUUAGAUUCAAAAUAGCAUCACAAGUUGCAUUCUUCCAGACCCAAACAUUUUUGCAAUCAAUAAAAUACACAUGCCGACAAAUCUCCACCUUCUCCCCCUUUCAAGCGAGACGAGCUCGUCGGCCCGUUUUUUACGCAGUGCAGGUUUCAGCGGGAAAGGGAUGUUAAUGACAUGGCGAACAAAACGUCGAAAAGACGCCUUCGGAGUAAGGCAGGUGUAGUAACAGUUGGCACUUCUCCUGCUUCAGGCUCAGCAGAUGAUGAAGAAGUUAAACCACCUAAAUCAGAAAUACGGUGCUGUACCGCCACCGGGGCUGCUGGAGUGAAAAAUAACGGCGAAGCUGAACAAGCCGCACGACCGGAUGCGAACAAGUUCAGAAGAAAGGGACCAACUGAACAAGAAGGUGACGAAGUACCAGUAACACAGGACGACGCCGCCAGCGACACCGAGCUUCAAUUUUCCACCAUGUUGCGCAUUCCGGAUAGUGAGGAGGAAGCCAGUUGCUUUUCCUCGGGUGUUAUCCACAGAAAAAAACCCAUCCACAUCGAAUUUGUCAUGCAAAACACGUAUCAAGUCAUGUGUUUGUCAUGCAAAAAAUGGUUGGGGAUGGGUUUUUUUCUGUGGAUAGGGGCCGUCAGUGACAGCACGACUUCUUGUUCGCCCCCGUCGGGGAGCGGGAGUGACAGCGCUGGCAAGCGCGAAUCGUCCGGGCGCUCUGGUUCCAAUCUCGGGAUGAGAAUGAAGAACGAGAAUUCUUGCCAAGUCACAGCCGCGAAUCCUAAGCAGGAUUUUUGCCUGCCCAACAAGAAGAAUCCGAGUAAGAAAGGCAGAAAAACUUGUUCUCUCCGUGAAAGGUACAAAAACCGUGUCCGAAAAGCAGCCAUGACCGGUAAUUUUCCAGGAUUGCUGAUGAAACCGAAAACGGAGAGGUCUGCCAGUCUGGAAAGGGCGCAAAACAAGCGGGACGCAGUGGAGUUUUUUGCGGAGGAUUAUAAUAAGCACGAGGGUACUAAUGCUUGUCUUCGCCCAACUUCUGCUAUCCGAGAAGUGAGAGGUGAUGGUAUGAUCGGGACGCCAGCGGCGCGUCGUCCAUUUCCUUGUUCCCCACAAAGCGCUGCAAAUCAUCUUUCCCCUUGGUGGGACCCAGCGGAGGCGCGAAUCUACCUUGGAGAAACAGCCCACCUACAUCCGUUGACGGAAAUCUUGAAAAUCCGGGACCGGUUGGUCAAACUGCGGGAAAAAUGGAAUCAACUUGUGUGUGAUUCUUUUUGGUGGAAAACGAAGGAUCGGGCUGAUAGCGAAAAGUUAGAGAGGAAGCAGAAAAUGAAAAACAAGAACCCCACCUUGUUCUCAUCUAGGUGUGGAACCACGAGGCACACGAACUUUAUGAUGCGGAAGAAAAGACGAGAAAAGCCAAUAUUGUGCCUGACCCAACAACAACCAGGAGUCAGAGCCCGUCUGAAGAGGAACAAGUUGCAGAACACCUACCAGCGUUUGUCUUCGGUCUUCUUUGAAGAAAGUGUCGGAGCUCCUCGUAGCACUACUUCGUUCGCGGCGGUGGACUACUACAAUUUAGUGUUAGAGGAAGCUGACCGGAUUGCAACGAAAGUAGCACUGCUGGAUCUGAAGCUGCGGUCCGUGGAUGUGGUUGGGUUUUAUAGGAGAGAAGUAUUGGCUUUGGCGAAAAACCAAAAUGAAACCGCGAAGAAUGAUGUUGAUCAGGAUCUUGAACAACUACAAGCAGAUGGUACAACUUGCAACGCUGCUCUUCUCUCUUCGAUAAAACUUCGAGUGGAAAAACGGCGGAAAAGGCUGCAGAAAAGGAUCAAAAUUUGGCAAGCAGAGAUGAAAGCGCAUCAUUCUGAGAUAAUUUUGAUGAAGGAGCAGAAGGAGGAACAAGACAAAUCGACCGCAAGACAGUUAGUCCCAGCAGAACCGGCAAACAAAGCACAAAAUCGCAGCGUCAUAAUUGAAGCAGAGUUUUCGCCUCCGCUCAGUCUAAAAGGUCGGCCGCCUUCUAGCGGGGAAAACGACAGCGACAAUUCGGCGUCGAUCGGUUCCUCGGGAAACCAGCUGUGUGCCGACCGCGAAGAUGUUGGGUCCGCUUCACCGCGGCUACAGAUCAGAGCAGCAAAAACUACAGCCCACAGUGCCACCUGUUUCACACCGAGGACCCUCAAAGGUCGCGUUGAGAAAAACAGCCCUCAAGAACGGCUGCAUCACCAGGUCGAACUUCCGGCUGAUCCGCGGGAGUUUCACGACAGCUUGCUUGCUAUGAAAUGCAAAAGCAUCGUACUAGUAUAAAUCGCAUGACAAAUUUCCUCAGCAUGAAAAAUAAAAUUUGUUGUAAUGCGGAUUUGACUUGAGAAAGAAAUUUGUAAUGCAUGUUUGCAAUUACUACGAGUGCGAUACUUUUGCACAGGAUACUUGCAGAGACGCAGGGAUUCGACAUUCUCAUCGGACCACAGAGGAAGUUCGUGAAGAUCAGCGAUAACGAAGAAUUUGCUGACUUUUUGCAAGUUCUGAGCAUCGACGAUGAAUUCGAGAAUGAAGGGCAGGGACAAGUACUAGAGGGGGAACAGGUGGUGCGCUGUCACAACGACAUGAACGACGAGCAAAAGCAGAGAAUUUCUGCAUUUGACCAGCCGCGGACAACUGUGCGGAUAAAAGCAGACUCCGGGAGGUCGAGGCCAGUUGUUUUCGAGGAUGCCUGCUCUACGCCAGAGUUGAAGCGCGAAGUGGUCCUUUUCCCGGGCGAUUGUCUGCUUCUUGCGGACAAUAGCACUGCAAUUGAGUCGUUACCCCGCUCACGGAGAACGAAAGGCGCCGUCUCAAAACAUAGGAACUGCGCAGCGUCAUCUGCAGUUGUUGCAUUUUUACGCGCUUGCAAGUACGGCCAAUACUGUGGCGGGAAAGGACGCGUAGUUGAGCGGUCGCGGCAACCCCAGGACAGUGACCCAAUCAGUGAUGAUGUUGAAGGACCUCCACAGCUGGUGGAUUUCGAAGCGUUAUUUCCGCUUUUCUUCACGUUCCGCAGCAGACAAACAGCCGCCAGCACCUCCGUCCCCCAGUUUUACCACUGCGGCUUCUUCAACGUGGGUAUCGCGCUGAACCCGGAAAAACUUGUUCCGGUGGACAUCAACAGCAACACCGUCCUGUCCUCUCCCCCACCAACCCUCGAGACCCGGUUUCACUACUGCCGGUUCGAAAGCUCAACGAUUCUCGCAACCGAAACUGCUUACCACCCAACGUUGCAGGUUAAGAAUUCGGAGUUUUUUGAGAACGGUUUGCUGCGUGGUGGAGCUACGGCUGGAAACGGUAACGAAAUGACACAAAGUAGGAUUUCUACACCAACAUCAUCGGCCGCUGCUGUUUCGCGAUCAUCAUAUCUGUCAGCUGAAAACGACACAGAGAACGAGGAAAACGAUGCGCCUGGCCACGCUAGUACAAAUAAACGGACGACAGCAAGAGGGAAGGGUAGCCGCAGGCUUCCCCAAGCCCAACGCGGCGGCCUUGCCCUGAUCGCGAACUACAGCUCAACGGGCAGGUUUCGCAUCCAGGAUUGCAAAUUCCCGGUGUUGAGAAGAACGACGUGGGAAGGGCUUGAAGAUGAAGAUAAUGGCCAAAUGAACGAGUCGGCAGCUGCGGAGGAGCAGGUCACAGGCGGGGCGAACAAUAGCGCGGCUUGGGAGCAGCCGGGAGCUGUUAUGCACCGGGCCGCCGAGCCUCCGAAAAAAAAUCUAACGAAUUGUAAAGAUUACCACAGGACAACAAAUUCAAGUGAGCGUCGAAUGAUAACGUUCGAGGAUCUGAGAAGAGCGAAUAGUGCAGCUGCUAAUUUUGAAAGCCAGACAUCUGCUGCACAUGUGGAGGUGGAAAUGGUGAGUAGUGUAGUUGCAGCCGAGAACAAUAAAGAAGCAGCAAACAAUAACAAAUCUCCAGCACGACCAGCACAAGGCACCACUUGCGCAAAAAUCAGGAAAACCACGGACAACUUUUCUUCUCUUGAUUUCUUCCAAGAGUUAGAGCAGGGCGACAGCAGGAAAGGCAGCGAGGAGAUCAUCAUUCCAGGAGCAGCUUCAUCCGCUUCCCCCGGUAGCACCACUAUGAGGUCCAAAUGGAUCAUCUCGGGUUUCCGCCGGUGGAAUUGUGAAAGGCUACCUACGGAUGAGUACAGCCUGACUGACGCACGGGAGCCGCGAGUGAACGCGGGAGGGAAGAGAUGUUUUGAAUUUAUCGAACUUUCUUGAAAGAUGAAGCCACUGUGUUACUUACGCGUAGCUCUAGCUGCUCGCGUUGACGAGGAUACAUGGGCGUGGAAUUUCGCGCCUUAAAUCUUUCUGCUGUUUUUUUUUCCGCAGCUCGUAUGGAUAUCAAUUCUAGUUGCAGAUGCUCACUGUUCUUUGACAUGACGAACAUUGUACUACAUCUACAACGUCAUUCAAAGUGUAGUAAAUAAGAAUAACAUAAUGCACAACUACUAUGUAUAUGAAAAAAGAUUGCACGUCGCUGUCAGUAGCGUUAUCCAUGACUAGGAUGUCCUUUUCGCCGGGGAAUUACUGUCGACCUACUGCAGACGUCGAAACAGAUCAUUUUGGAAUAUCGAAGGGUCGAGAUUUUACCUUCCGAAAUAGCUUGAAAUCGCAAAAAAUAUCGAUCGCAAUCUUCGUGCUGUGGUCAAAGCAAAAAACUCAAAUUGCAAUGACAGUAUGAACA